CAGCUGACCGGCCGCCAUUUUGUCGGCGCUGGGAGCCGAGCGGAGCUGUGGCCGCCGGGGCCGCCCCUGCCCGCCCUGCGCCGCGCCGGGGGACAGCGGCCGCGCCCCCGCCUCGCUGCUCGGGAUGUGAGCGGCCCGGGCCCGCUGGUUUCACCCGCCUCUAGCGGUAGCAGCAGCAGCGGCCGCUCCCCGGCCGGGCUGAGCCCCGAGCGCAGGCCCCGCGGCCCGGCCCGGCCCCGCCAUGGCGCUGAAGAUGGUGAAGGGCAGCAUCGACCGCAUGUUUGACAAGAACCUGCAGGACCUGGUGCGCGGGAUCCGCAACCACAAGGAGGACGAGGCAAAAUACAUCUCACAGUGCAUCGAUGAGAUCAAGCAGGAGCUGAAGCAGGACAACAUUGCCGUGAAGGCCAACGCAGUCUGCAAACUCACCUAUUUACAGAUGCUGGGCUACGACAUCAGCUGGGCUGCUUUCAACAUCAUCGAGGUCAUGAGCGCGUCCAAGUUUACAUUCAAAAGAAUCGGUUACCUAGCUGCCUCCCAGUGCUUUCAUGAAGGGACUGAUGUAAUUAUGUUGACUACUAAUCAGAUCCGAAAGGACCUGAGUAGCCCUAACCAGUAUGAUACUGGAGUUGCACUGACUGGCUUGUCCUGUUUUGUUACUCCAGAUCUUGCCAGGGACUUGGCAAAUGACAUCAUGACACUGAUGUCUCACACAAAGCCUUACAUCAGGAAGAAGGCCGUGUUAAUCAUGUACAAAGUUUUUCUGAAAUACCCGGAGUCCCUCCGUCCCGCAUUUCCUCGCCUUAAAGAGAAACUUGAAGAUCCAGAUCCCGGUGUGCAGUCUGCUGCAGUGAACGUGAUCUGUGAGCUGGCCCGACGCAAUCCCAAGAACUACCUUUCCCUGGCUCCGCUCUUCUUCAAGUUGAUGACGUCGUCAACCAAUAAUUGGGUUCUCAUUAAAAUUAUAAAACUGUUUGGUGCUCUUACUCCAUUAGAACCAAGGCUGGGGAAGAAACUGAUUGAGCCUCUGACCAACCUCAUCCAUAGCACCUCAGCCAUGUCUCUCUUAUACGAAUGUGUGAACACGGUAAUAGCAGUGUUGAUCUCCCUGUCGUCUGGGAUGCCGAACCACAGCGCGAGCAUCCAGCUUUGUGUUCAGAAGUUAAGGAUAUUGAUAGAAGAUUCCGACCAGAACUUGAAAUACCUGGGACUGUUGGCUAUGUCCAAAAUCCUGAAAACGCAUCCCAAAUCAGUCCAGUCUCACAAGGAUCUCAUUCUCCAGUGUCUGGAUGACAAAGAUGAGUCAAUCCGACUCAGAGCUUUGGAUCUCCUGUACGGCAUGGUAUCGAAGAAGAACUUGAUGGAGAUAGUGAAGAAGCUGAUGAUUCACGUGGAUAAAGCAGAAGGGACGACGUACCGGGAUGAGCUGCUGACCAAAAUCAUAGACAUCUGCAGUCAGUCCAACUAUCAAUAUAUCACAAACUUCGAAUGGUACAUAAGCAUCCUGGUGGAGCUGACCCGGCUGGAGGGCACGCGGCACGGGCACCUCAUAGCGGCGCAGAUGUUGGACGUAGCCAUCAGAGUUAAAGCGAUUCGCAGAUUUGCGGUUUCCCAGAUGGCCAUGCUCCUGGACAACGCUCAUCUCAUCGCCAGCAACACGCAGCGGAACGGCAUCUGCGAGGUGCUGUACGCCGCCGCCUGGAUCUGUGGGGAGUUCUCCGAACACCUCGAGGAGGCGAACCAAACUUUAGAAGCAAUGUUGAGGCCUAAAGUUACGACUCUACCCGGCCACAUCCAGGCGGUUUACGUCCAGAACAUGGUGAAGCUCUACGCCUCCAUCCUCCAGCAGAAGGAGCAGGCUGGGGAGAAGGAAGCAGCUCAGGAAAUUACACAGCUGAUGAUUGAGCGUUUGCCGCAGUUUGUACAGAGUGCAGAUCUAGAGGUUCAGGAGAGGGCAUCUUGCAUCUUGCAACUAAUAAAAUAUAUUCAAAAGCUACAAGUAAAGGAAGUACCUGUGGCUGAGGAAGUCAUCGCCCUGUUUGCCGGCGAGCUGAACCCCGUGGCUCCCAAAGCACAGAAGAAAGUCCCGGUUCCAGAGGGUUUGGACCUCGAUGCCUGGAUCAAUGAACCUCCGUCAGACAGCGAGUCUGAAGAGGAAAAGCCCAAAACGAUAUUUCAUGAUGAGGAACAGAGGCAUUCCAGACACAGACAGCCAGAAAUAGACGAAGAGGAACUGGCCAGACGUCGAGAAGCCCGGAAACAAGAACAGGCGAACAACCCGUUUUACAUUAAAAGCUCUCCCUCCCCGCAGAAGCGAUACCAAGACACUCCAGGUGUGGAACAUAUACCUGUGGUCCAGAUCGACCUUUCUGUCCCCCUAAAAGUUCCAGGAAUGCCCAUGUCUGACCAGUACGUGAAACUGGAAGAGGAGCGAAGACACAAACAGAAACUGGAGAAAGACAAGAAAAAGAAAAAGCAGAAAAAGGAGAAGAGGGGUAAACAUCAUCGGCACAACUCCCUGCACACGGAGAGCGAGGAGGACAUUGCUCCAGCUCACCACGUCGAUAUCAUAACGGAAGAGAUGCCAGAGAACGCUUUGCCCAGUGAUGAGGAUGACAAAGAUCCAAAUGAUCCAUAUAAGGCCCUUGAUAUAGAUCUGGAUAAUCUGGUGUCGGGAAAGCCUUCCAGACCCUUGGCAGACAGCGAGAAGCUGCCGGUGCAGAGGCACAGGAACGUGGAGACCCCGAAGUCACCGGACGCAGAAGCUCCCCUGGAAGAGAAGAAGAGCAAGAAACCCAAGAAGAAAGAAAAGAAACACAAAGAAAAAGAGAGAGACAAAGGAAAGAAGAAGGAGAAAGAGAAAAAGAUGGUAGAGGAGGAAGAAGAGAAAAAGGGGGAAGACCUGGAUUUCUGGCUGUCCGCCGCGGCGCCGGCUGUCCCCAGCGCCCAGCCGCAGAGCGAGCCUGAUGUGGGUGCUGCUGUUGUGGCUGAACCUCCAGAGGUCAAAAAGGAAGAAAGGGAAGAGCAAGACGAGGAGGAGGAUGAAGGGAAGAAAUCCUCCAAGCAUAAGAAGAAAAAGCACAAGAAAGAGAAAGAGGAGAAAUCGAAGGAUAAAAAGAAAUCCAAAAAGAAGAGUCAUCACGGCGAGGAGGAGCCAGCGGAGUCGGUGCAGAACGGAACACUAGACGAUGAGCCACUACCACCUAUGUCCAGUUACCGCCUUCUUGCUGAAAAUCCAUACAUUAAAAUGACCUAUGACAUUCAAGGAAACCUCCAGCACGAUAGUCAGGUUACCGUCUCUGUUAUCUUCGAGAACAAAAGCACUAGCUUCCUAAAGAGCAUGGAACUAAACGUCCUGGACUCUCUCAACACUAAAAUGCUCCGACCAGAAGGAUCAUCAGUACACGACGGGAUCCCCGUGCCCUUCCAGCUCCCCCCCGGAAUCUCCAAUGAAGCCCAGUUUGUGUUUACACUUCAGAGUAUUGUCAUGGCUCAGAAGUUGAAAGGAACGCUGUCCUUUAUAGUCAAAAAUGAUGAAGGUUCAACCCAUGAAAAAGUAGAUUUCAAAUUGCACUUCAGUUGCGCUUCAUACUUGAUCACGACGCCUUGCUAUAGUGAUGCUUUUGCCAAGCUGCUCGAGUCUGGGGAUCUGCACAUGAGCUCUAUUAAGGUAGAUGGAAUCAGCAUUUCUUUCCAACAUCUACUGGCAAAGAUCUGUUUUCAUCAUCAUUUUUCAGUUGUGGAACGCGUUGAUUCGUGCGCAUCCAUGUACAGUCGUUCUAUCCAAGGCCAUCACGUCUGCCUACUGGUAAAAAAGGGAGAGAACUCUGUAUCCAUAGAUGGGAAAUGCAGCGAUUCCACCCUGCUUAGCAACUUGUUGGAUGAGAUGAAAGAGACAUUGUCCAAGUGCUGAAUAUCCCUUAGAAAAUACUCCAAGGACAAGAAACACACCUAACGUGUAAAGACGAGCAGACCCAAGUGUUAAGUUUCUCCCUCGUACGCAUGUACUAUCCUGGGGCACGUGCUUUUCAGUUAACUCCACCACCGUUUGCAGUUUAGACAUUUUAAGGCUGUAUGUUACCUUUUUAUUUCCAAACUUUUUACAAACUGUGGUGUUAACCCUUUCUAGCCCAAAGAGAUCCUGGUGGCGUGAGUGCAGGCGGGCGGGAGCGGCGGCUGACCCCGUGGGCCUUGCCGCCCGCGUGGGCUGGUGGGCGAAGCAGAGGUUCAUCAGCAGUAGCAGAGUGGGUUGCUCGUGUUGUUGCCAGGACGGUUGGCGUGGUCCAUAGCCGUGAACGUGUCUUGGGGGCUGCUGUCGUUGAUGUAUAUUUUUAGCAGAGGCUGGUGCUGGACCUGAAGGCCUCUUUAUUUUUCUUUUUUUUUUAUAUAUGAUUUAUUAUUAUUAUUGUUGUUAUUAUCUCAGAUCUAUUGUGAUCAGCAUAUAAACAUCCUCCACCUCCUUGAGCUAAUCCAGAUGAGCCCUGUGAGAACUGGGAGAUUCGAGUUUGUGUUUAUAGCAGUUGCCUUGAGCCUUAACCUCCUGUUAGCGACGGCCGCGAGAGUAGAGAGCGAAGGAAACGCGGGCGGAAGGUGUUACUGUUGGGUUCUCUGCUCCUGUUUCCACCCCUGCAAAUGGAGCCUGUCACUCCUCUCCCCUUGGAGCAGCCUCUGCUCGUGUAUUUUAUGAGUCCACUUCUAUUUCACAUUCCUGAGAAGUCAGUGUAGCAAGAAACUGGAAAUCCAAAGGGGUCUGUUCCUGCUUUUGUAUCAUUUUGCUCACCAGCGGAGGUUGACCACGGCCAGGUUGGAGAAACGCAUGCACGCAACCCCUGUGCUCUGCGCGGUUUGCAGGUGCUGUGCGGUCACGGACGUUCCGGUGUCCCCGCAGGUUUGGUGGUGCCGGUGGAACGUGGGGGUCCCUCCUGCGCGUGGGCGCGGCGGGCAGGGGGAACGCGGGGGGGCUCUGCGGAGCCAAACCCGUUCUGCGCUGCUGCGAUCCUGCUGGAAGGGGCCGUCACCGCGUCCUUUGGAGAUGCUGAACUCGCGUCCUUCUCCAAAGUCUCUUGCUUUUCAUGUGUUGUUUUUCCACCCCAGUUCUGGCGCGCGGUUCCGCAGCCGGCGAACCCAGAGCCCGCCUCAGCGCUCUUCUGGCCGCCGUCCCCGCGGGGCUGCGGCGCGUCCCUCUGCGUCCCCCCCCCGCGGUACAGAGCCCCGCGGCCGGCUCCGUGCCGCAGCCGCUCCUGCGCUGCCCAGGCUUUGGCGGCGGUCAGCCUCCCCUGGCUCCCGGUUUGUGUGUUAGAAACUGAACAUAUUAAAUUGUCUGAAAGGAUAAUGUUCCUCGAUUAGUGCUUUUUUUAAAGUCAUGGAUGAAAACUGUCACUUUAGCAUGUAGAGUCUUCUCUUACGGAAUCCUGUGCAGUGAUUCUAGAAUUUUGAAACUGUAUGAUGUGUUACAUUCACAAAUUUAUUUGCUAUCAACAUUCCCUUAAAAAAAACAACAAAAAAAACACCAACAUCCCACAAGCUGCUGUAAUGAUUUUGUGUCAAGAUGAUCCAAUAAACUUUCAAAACAAACUCA